UAGAAAAUAAAAUUUAAACAACGCAAUUGAACAAUCUAAAUCCCUUAAACCCUCAUUCUGCGUAUUUGCGCUAUCACGAUGGCAAUGCAUUCUCACAUUGACAGAAUUCUUUGGACCGAAGACCAAAUCUCUCUUCGAAUCUCUCAACUCGCCGCUCAAAUCGUUCAAGACUUUCCUCCCGCUCCUUCACCUCCUCCCGUUUUUGUCGGCGUUCUCACCGGUGCAUUCAUUUUCAUCGCUGACCUAGUUCGUAAAAUUAACCUCCCCAUUGAUAUUCAUUUUCUCACUUCUAAAUCCUAUGGAUCCGGAACUCUAUCCAAUUGCGCUCCCACCAUUUCUCAUCACUUCAAUGUUGACGUUAAUGGCCGCCACGUCAUAUUGGUUGAAGACAUUGUAGACACGGGACAUACUUUACAUAAACUCAUUGCACACUUGAAAUCAAAAGGAGCAUCCUCUGUGUCCGUAUGCACACUACUUGACAAACCAGCAAGGAGGAAAGUUGAUGUACAGCUGGUGGGUGAAGGAAAAUUCUACCGGGGAUUUGAGUGUCCAGACAAUUUUGUUGUUGGUUAUGGAAUGGAUUUUGACGAAUUAUACAGAAAUCUACCUUAUAUUGGUGUCUUGAAACCUGAACAUUACAGUUGAUGCUUACUUGUUAGACGACACUUACCACGUUUGGAACCACGAGUUUGUCUGGCACUUUUGAUUCACAGAAAGAAUCAUUAAUAGCUAUAGAAACUAGAAAAAUUAGAAUAAGAUUGUUGAUGUGUCUUUUCAUAUUAUAAUUUGUUCUUUGGAUAUUUACAGUUUCAUUUUACAAUUAUCUUUGUUUGAACAACAUGAUGUGUCGUUAAAUUUUGGUA